AUGGGUACCCAAAAAACUUUGGAGAUCGACAUGUUUCCAGCAGAACUGGAAUUCGGUGUAUUUACUAGUGAUGAAAUCAAACGACUCAGCGUUGUCAAAAUUAUCACUGGCUUAACAUUCGACCCACUAGGACAUCCUCUGCCUGGCGGCUUGUACGAUAACUUAAUGGGCACUUACGGGCGUCGUAUGGAACCUUGCGGUACUUGUUAUAACAUACAAGCCUGUCCCGGCCACAUGGGAUACAUUGAGUUGAAUGCACUUGUUUUCAAUCCGUUUUUUAUUAAACUUGUGCAAAAAAUGUUGGGUAUUUUUUGCCUAAACUGUUUCAAGAUUCAAUUAAAAGAUCAUGUAUGUGAAGUGCUGACAUUGCAAUUACGUCUUCUAGAGGCGGGGUAUAUCGUGGAAGCGCAAGAGCUUGAAAUAUUCAAAUCGGAGGUCGUCUGUCAAAAUGAAGAGAAUUUGGUGAAACAAGAAGGUGGCGAUUAUGUGCAUCCACAUAUAGCCGCUAUGUUCGAACUUUUAAAGAAAGGAGAAUCAAACGCUUCUAAUAACACGAAAACUUCGUGUGCAGUUCGAUCAGCCAUAGUACAUGCAGCGCUUCAACGUGUUACUUUGAAGAAAUGUAUGCAUUGUCAAAAGCCCUUGCGGAAUAUUCGUUACCUGUAUCGAAAACUAGUUUACUAUGUUACUGCGGCAGAGAUGAAUAGUUCCAUGCCCGAAGCAAAACAGACCACUGGGCAAAAUAAGUCUAUUUUCGCUGAUGAAUGUCGCAAAAUUUUGAGACAAAUUUACGUCAAUUACCCGGACUUAUUAAACCUUUUGUUUCCGCUUUUAAAGCAAAAUGCUAGUAGAAGUGAUUGCCCAGUUGAUAUAUUUUUCAUGGAUACUGUACCAGUUAUACCGCCGAAAGCGCGUCCGCCAAAUAUAUUGCAUGAUCAUAUUGUUGAACAUCCACAAACUGCAAUUUACAGGGCUAUAAUUGAAAAUAAUGCCGUAUUGCGUGUAGUUAUGAAGCAUCUUAAAGGUUUACGCGAUGAGCUCUCAGAAGAAGCCCAACGUGUUUACGAAACUACACGAGGGAAAUCGUCUUAUGAAAAACUGUAUAAUGCUUGGCAAACUUUGCAAACAUCUGUUGACAUGUUGUUAGAUAUAACCGCCAGCAGAGAUGCUCCCUCUAAUCAAGGUCUGAAGCAAGUCUUGGAAAAGAAGGAGGGCCUCAUACGUAAGCAUAUGAUGGGCAAGCGUGUUAACUAUGCGGCAAGAACUGUCAUAACGCCCGACCCAAAUAUUAACGUUGAGGAAGUGGGUAUACCAGAUAUUUUCGCACGAAAACUCAGUUAUCCAGUGCCGGUGACACCAUGGAACGUUGCAGAGUUGCGUAAAAUGGUGAUGAAUGGGCCGGAUAUUCACCCUGGUGCCAACUAUAUACAAGACGAAAAAGGUUAUACCACACUUAUACCAGCUGAUAAUGCUGCCAAGCGUGAAAGCAUGGCAAAAUUACUUUUCAAUUAUCCUGAAAAUGGUAUCAAGGUUGUGCAUCGUCAUGUCAUAAAUGGAGAUGUACUUCUGCUCAAUCGUCAACCGUCACUCCAUCGACCAUCCAUAAUGGCUCAUAAGGCACGCAUACUGCCUGGUGAAAAGACAUUUCGACUUCAUUACUCAAACUGCAAGGCAUACAAUGCCGAUUUCGAUGGUGAUGAAAUGAAUGCACACUUUCCACAAAGCGAAGUGGCAAGAGCGGAGGCUUAUAAUUUGGUAAAUGUGGCAAGCAACUAUUUGGUGCCUAAAGACGGUACACCCCUAGGAGGUUUAAUUCAGGAUCAUGUUAUUUCGGGCGUAAAAUUAUCUAUAAGGGGACGUUUUUUUAAUCGCGAAGACUAUCAACAGCUGGUAUACCAGGGCCUUUCGCAUUUACGUGAAAAUAUAAAAUUAUUGCCUCCAACCAUUUUAAAACCGACCGUGUUGUGGUCUGGAAAACAGAUUCUUUCAACUAUUAUCAUAAAUUUGAUACCAGAGGGAUAUGCGCGUAUAAACUUGCAUACGCAAGCUAAAAUUAAUUCAAAGACUUGGAUUGUGUCGCAACCGCAUGAAGCUGCCUGCUCUCCUGUUGGUGGCAGUGAUUUGUGUGAAAGUAAUGUUAUAAUUCAUAAGGGAGAGCUGCUGACUGGAGUUUUAGACAAGCAACAGUAUGGUGCAACCACUUAUGGUUUAAUCCAUUGCAUGUAUGAGCUAUAUGGUGGCGAAGUAUCCACACGUAUGCUAACGUCUUUUACUAAAGUUUUUACAUCAUUUUUACAACGCGAAGGAUUCACGCUAGGCGUACAGGAUAUUCUUGUUACAGCUGAAGCAGACACGCAAAGGCGUCAUAUCGUCAAAGAAUGCCGCGAAAUUGGCGAUUCAGCCGUUGCUGCUGCAUUAGAUUUGGAUGAAAUACCCUCGCUUGAUAUGCUUAUUCAAAAAAUGGAGGAGGCAUAUGCAAAAGAUCCCAAAUUUCGAGUAAUCUUAGAUCGUAAGUACAAGUCAUUGUUAGAUGGUUUUACUAACGAUAUAAAUCGUACCUGCUUGCCCAAUGGUUUGAUAUCGAAAUUCCCACAAAAUAAUUUGCAAUUAAUGGUGUUAUCUGGCGCGAAGGGUUCCAUGGUGAAUACUAUGCAAAUUUCAUGCUUACUGGGGCAAAUUGAAUUGGAAGGCAAACGCCCACCUCUAAUGAUUUCUGGAAAAUCACUACCAAGUUUCACAUCCUUCGAAACAUCACCAAAAUCGGGUGGCUUCAUUGAUGGCCGUUUUAUGACCGGCAUCCAGCCGCAAGACUUCUUCUUUCAUUGCAUGGCUGGGCGCGAAGGUCUUAUCGACACUGCUGUGAAAACUUCACGUUCAGGCUACUUGCAACGAUGUCUUAUAAAGCAUCUUGAAGGUCUCACAGUUGGUUACGAUAUGACAGUGCGUGAUAGUGAUAACAGUGUCGUACAGUAUUUGUAUGGCGAAGAUGGGCUAGAUAUACUGAAGUCGAAAUUUUUCAAUACAAAUUUCUGUAUGCAAUUCUUGGCUCUUAAUUACUCCGCAAUAAUACAUACAAACGAGUUGACAAGUUUCAAAGAUGAGCACACGCUUAUGAAAAUCUCCAGACAUGUGAAGAAGAUACGAAAAUGGCAAAGACAGCAUAAUGAUAGGCAUGGUUUAGAAGAACCGAAGAGAAGACUCUCGGCAUUCUCCGCCUUUUCAACAGAUGUGCAAGCGAAAGGCAACUUAAAUGAGGUAAAUGGUAAAACGGGCCGUAGUUUUAGAGAUGAAUAUAAACAGAAGCUGUGGAGAAAAGCUGAUACAGAAACGAAAGAGCAUUACAAAAGGUUAAAUGUGCAUUGUCCUGAUCCCACAACUGCUUUAUACAGACAGGAUAGCUAUUAUGGCAGUGUUUCCGAACGAUUGGAGAAAGUAGUAGAGGACUAUAUGAAGAAAUAUCCAAAUAGUAAAGCUGGAAUUGAUGAUAUAAUGCAUUUAAAAAAUCUUAAGGCAUUAGUCUCGCCGGGCGAACCCGUUGGUCUCUUGGCCGCCCAAUCAAUUGGUGAACCUUCUACUCAGAUGACACUGAAUACUUUCCAUUUUGCUGGUCGUGGUGAGAUGAACGUCACGCUGGGUAUACCACGCUUGCGUGAAAUUUUAAUGUUGGCAUCAGCAAAUAUCAAAACGCCAUCAAUGGAUAUUCCAAUAAAGAUGAGUCUUGCGAAGAAUGCCGAUAAGUUACGCAUCAAGCUGAAUCGGGUAACGCUUGCGGACAUAUUGCAGUAUGUUAAUGUGAAAAUUAAGCUAGUUCUGAAGCCUGAACGCGCAUAUCAAUAUAAGCUGAAAUUCCAAUUUCUGCCGCGCGAAGCCUAUCAGGACGAUUUCUGCGUGCGUCCCAAAAAGGUACUGAAAUAUAUGAGCGAGGUUUUUUUCAAGCUGCUGUUUCGCGCUGUUAUAAAGUCUUCAAAGGGCAAAGCUUCUAUUAUUGAUAUUAACGAUGGAAAAGGAAACGGCAACAAGGAGAGCGACGACAAGGAUUUAGACGAAGAUGAAACAGGAAAUGAUCUGAAUGGCGAAUUGAAAAACGGAAAGUCAUCGAAUUCGGCAGAUGUAGAUUCCUCUGACGACGAAAAUAAUGACGAUGAUGACGCCACUGGCAGAAAAUUCAAAUCGCGCAAAGAAGAUGAAAAUGAAUAUGAUGAUCCUGAAGAUGUGGAAGAAAUCAAAGAUGCUAACGAUGAUGAUGAGUUGGCAGGGGCUGAAGACGACGUCGAAGAGGUUGCGGUCACGGCUGACACAGAUGACGCUAUGGUCGAGAGUGUAUUGAACAAUGCAAUGGUGCGAGAAUAUUCCUACGAUAAGGAAAGACAUCAAUGGUGCAAGCUAACCUUUAAUCUAUCCAUGAUAUACAAGAAGCCAGAUAUUUCAUCCACCAUACGUGAAUUAGCAGGCAAAUGUGUUGUGCACCAAGUACAGAAUAUAAAACGCGCUAUUAUUUAUAAAGGUGACAAAAAUGCCCACCUACUCAAAACAGACGGGAUUAAUAUUGUCGAAAUGUUCAAACACAAAGAAAUUUUAGACUUGAACCGCCUUUAUACCAAUGAUAUACAUGCCAUAGCAAAGACUUAUGGCAUCGAGGCAGCGGCGCAAGUUAUAAUUAAGGAAGUAACAAAUGUUUUCAAAGUGUACGGAAUUACUGUUGAUAGACGUCAUCUCUCCUUAAUUGCCGAUUAUAUGACUUUUGAUGGUACUUUCCAACCACUUUCCCGAAAGGGCAUGGAACAUUCAUCUUCACCUUUGCAACAAAUGUCCUUUGAAUCUUGCUUACAAUUUCUGAAAAAUGCGUCCGGAAGUGGUCGGGUAGAUGAGCUUAGUUCACCAUCAAGUCGGUUAAUGGUUGGACUACCAGUACGAAAUGGCACAGGUGCCUUCGAAUUGUUGACGAAAAUUUGUUAAUACCACAAUAAAACAGUUUUUUUUUCUAAAAGUGCACAUAAUUCGCUUUUAGUUAAAUUGUUAAAUACUUUGAUA